UAUUAUCUCUCUCCUUUUGAAAGUACAGCACUAUCCCUCUCUCAAUUAAACAGGCAUGUAUCUCCGAGCCCGGUAGAAUUCUUCAUGGCUGGACUAGAGAUAUCCUUCGACGACUUCUUUCCAGUAGAGCAACGGCAAGGUCAGGAACGGGAACCGGAACGGGAGGAGAAACCGUCAGUGAUGCCGUCAAGUUAGCGGGAGCGGGAGCGGCAGCAGAAAACGUAACUCUUUUUAAACUACUGGCAGAAAACGUAACUAUUGCUGCUGCUGCUGUUGAUGAAGAAAGCCUCAUCCAACAACUGCAAAGGGACGGCUACUACUACGACGAAGAUCUCGACAGCUAUUGCCCAGCCGACAACUUCCACGACCUCGACGACGACAUUGAUCGAACUUGCCCACCACCGAGUUUCCAAGUCCCUGAUUACGAUGAAGAUGGCGACAACACACGGAUGGCGAGAUGCAAUUCUCGGCGCCUGGUAGAGCUGCUGGCUGUGCGUCCUCACUUCCCCUUCCUAGGCACCUUUCUUGCCUUCAACGAUUUCUCUGAAUACUCAUGCUCCUCACAAACAGGAGAAACUUGUCGCAACCUUGAUUCACAGGGUAACUUGAUACUCCACUCAGAAGGCGUGGCCAUCGCCGACCGCUUCUUUAUUAGGAUUCAUAUCCCAAAGAAUGACAACAGGAAAGAUGAUGAUAUAGGAUGCUUCUCCUACAUAAUGGACCCUUACACGUGCGGCAGGGAUGAAACCCACAUCAUCUCGACCGGACGCGGCAGGAGAAUAGCGGUGACUUUCUUGCCGAUGCACACUGCUGUCCAGGCCCAUGUGUACGUUACCCUCGAUCUCAUAUCCAGCGGCAGCAUCUACCAUGUCUAUGGUGAAAUUGCUGCAUGCCACCAACUCUAUGGCCGCGAGAGUGUCGUGCUCUUUUGUCGCGGAAAAGAGGACAAAGCAGAGGUUAUCGAUGGCAAACUUCCACUGUCGCGUGAGUGGGCUGUUGUUCCGAUAUACUUGAAGCCUCUCCUGACAAUCAAGUUGAAGCUGUUCGUUUCAACGAAUCAAGAUCAUGAUGAUCAGGGUUGUACCAUCUCCUUCCAAGGUGAUAUUGACUUCUAUCGUGACGAUUACGAAAAAAUAAUCUGCACUCAAGACCAUGACAAAGUUAAAGUGAGGAUUUGCUACCGGUAAUUGAUGUGUCAAGAGACAAGAGAAAGAUCGUUGUAAAAUGCACUGCCGUUCAUUUGUUUUGUAUUUGGUUUGUGUAACCUAUAAAUCUGAAACAUGUUGUGGCAUGAUAUAAGGUUACGUCUACACUAGAAAGCUUGCUAGCGUUCAUAAUACUUCAAGAACAAGAUACUGCUCCUCCCGAUGAUGAUGCAGGUAUACUCCCAGGCC